AUGUAUUCUUCAAUAUUGCUUUCUGCCCUUGUUGGCAUUUCUUCGGUCCUGGCUGUCAAUUUUGGGGGGCGGGAUUUGCCUGGAUGCGUCGACGCUUGCUAUAAGACUGUACUCGGACAACCUGGACUAUCAAAGUGUGACAACAAGGCCUUAUGUCUUUGCGACGACUAUGCGAUUCUUGGUGCUAUUCAAGAUUGUUUAAACCGUACAAACGACUGCGGUAAUGAUAGGGACCGGACCGACACGAUCUAUGAUAUUCAGGAAGUCUGUGAUACAGUCAUUUUAGAGGCCGCGCUCCCGACGACAUCCGCUAGCACUUCUGCAAACCAAAACCAGCCCGCACCUACAGAAUUGCCUGAACCCACUAGUCUUCAGGAAGCUGAAGGACGACUGGGAGCAAGCGCGUCUGCUUUGAUCAACGAACAACCUUACCGAUUGUCUACUGGCGCAAAGGCUGGAAUUGCGGUCGGAUCGAUCGUCGGCUUCUUUAUUAUCGCUUUGCUCGGCAUCUGCUGCGGUUGUUAUCAUUACAAGUCCCAUGUCAUCAAAAAAUUCAACAAGGGUGUCCAGAAUUCGCCAGCGAUGCCAUAUCCUGUUGAACACAAUGAUGACAAGAAGGGUGGACACAAUUCAUGGUUUGCUGCGGGUGGCGGCCUUAAUAUUAAAACCCACAUUCGUGGAGCCACGAAUGAUAGUCAUGAACUGGGGUACGGAUUCGAUAAAGAAUUAGGCCUGAUGAUAUCAGCCCCUUCAAACCCUCGUAAGUACACGACGACUAAAAUACAGACAGUAGAUAUCCCAGAGACGGAACACACAAUACCUCGGGCACCGGCACCGGCAGUCUUCCCGCAUAGAAAUCCAGUGAGCCCGCCACCUCAUAGUCCUGCGAGGUCAAUGUCGUUGGGCAGUGUUCAGGCGGCGCACAGACCGUCCCUGACGCUAAGCCCUUCGAGUGCUGUCUUUCCGCAAGCAACUAUCGAAGAGUACACACCGCGAAACAGUUUCAGGGUAUCAGUACAGAGUCAACAAAAAGGUCAACUUGGCCCACACAUAAACAUUCCCUUGAUGUUCUUCACGCCUGCCACACCUCAAGUCAACAAUGCUUCCCCAACAAGCCCAACAAGUCAAAACGGUGAUAUCUACGGUUACUAUAGCAGGGAUAGCACCGGCCCAGACAAUGGUAUCGGAGUUGCCCAAUCAAGUAUCGACGAGCGAACCACUUCUCCCACUCCUUAUGAUCCUACCAACAACGACUUCAAUUUCGCACGCACCCCUAGUCCGUAUACUGUAGAUGCAUCCCAGGCCUCUCCUUAUAAUUCUUAUGCCAGCCGCUCCCCAGAACCAAGAAACCCGACCCCGGGUUUCGAUAUUUCUACGGAUGCUAGUUCCCGCGUCUCGUCCCCUUCUCCAUCUCGACCGGCUGGAGUAGGUCUACACAUGCCACCCCGCUAUACUCCUUACACAUCCAAUGGAGCCAUUUCGACGACCCCUCCUCCACCAGUUCCAACCUCUCAAGACCAAACCCAAGGUCCUGAGAUGGUUGAUAUGUCCGCUGCUCCAGUCACCAUCAACCGCGCGAACUCCAACGCUUGGCGUCUCUCAGUCGAGCGCGCCGCGGACAGGGCGAUGGACAAAGUCCGUACUGCCGCCUCUGCCGCCACCGCAUCUACUCCUUCUGGUUUCGCACAGGUCCCAGAAGAAGAAGAGCGUCUGACAAAAUCAGAUCUUGCAAAUACAAUCGAUAACGACAGCCGCGGUCGACGCAAGAAAAGGAACCAGUCCCAGGGUACCAUUGCAUACGGAAGCUCAAACACCACUCCAACAAAGGGUGAUGCUAAAUCUCGAAGCGGAAGUAUUGGUGCCAGCCGAAGCCCGAGUGGCAGACGGACAUCAAGCGGUGCUGGCGGAUAUGCGAGACGAAGCUCUAGUCUUGGAGGCUACAGGAACCGACAUAAUAGUUUGAGCUAUAACCAAAUCGAUGGUGUUCCAAGACCUCCCAGGAGAAAUAGCCGAAGAGGAAGCAAUUCGAGUAGCGUUAUGAUGAUUUAA